CAUGCGCGCGGCGCGAGUCGGGCGACCAAUGACGUCAGAGGCAUCGAUCGCGCGGCGCGGCGCGCCUCGGCACAGCUCCUCGGCUCCUGUCACCUCCGGAGCACGUGAACAGAGCCUGGAGGAUGCGGGCAGGCGCCACAUAGGGGCACGCCACGUGUAUUCAUGUCCGGCAACCACCCAUGUGCGGGCUAAGCUUCAGGACCAGGAAUAGCCCUUCACAGAAAACCUCCCUCCGAUGGGGCGACAGCUGCCCGCCGCGGCCGAGCAGUAACUCCUCGGAGCAGUGAGUCAGUGUGCCAGUGUAGUGCAGGACCUGUAGUGCGUGCCGUGACACAUGGGAGCCGAGUGACUGCUCGCUGACAUUCUUUCACACAGAGGAGGGAACAUCAUUCAAGAUGAUCAACAUAGCGGGCGUGAUCUCCAUCGUGCUGUUCUACGUGCUGAUCCUGGCGGUGGGCAUCUGGGCGGGGCGCAAGAAGCCGGCCGGCAAUGACUCGGAGGAGGAGGUCAUGUUGGCUGGGCGGUCCAUUGGACUCUUCGUCGGCAUAUUUACCAUGACUGCCACGUGGGUGGGGGGCGGCUACAUCAACGGCACGGCCGAGGCCAUCUACACGUCGGGGCUGGUGUGGUGCCAGGCACCCUUCGGCUACGCGCUGUCACUCGUUUUCGGCGGCAUAUUCUUCGCGAACCCGAUGCGCAAGCAGGGCUACGUGACGAUGCUGGACCCGCUGCAGGACUCCUUCGGCAGCCGCAUGGGGGGGCUGCUGUUCCUGCCCGCGCUCUGCGGGGAGGUCUUCUGGGCAGCCGGCAUCCUUGCAGCACUGGGAGCGACGCUGGCAGUGAUCAUCGACAUGGACCACCGCACCUCGGUGAUAUUCUCCGCGUGCGUGGCAGUCUUCUACACGCUGUUCGGCGGCCUCUACUCCGUCGCCUACACCGACGUCAUACAGCUGUUCUGCAUCUUCAUUGGUCUGUGGAUGUGCAUACCGUUCGCGUGGGCCAACGAGCACGUGAAGCCGCUCAGCUCCAUGGAGGUGGACUGGAUCGGCAAGGUGGAGUCCAACUACUACUGGUUCUACAUCGACUACGGACUGCUGCUCGUCUUCGGAGGGAUCCCUUGGCAGGUGUACUUCCAACGCGUGCUGAGCAGUAAGACAGCGGGGCGCGCUCAGAUCCUGUCGUACGUGGCCGCCUUCGGCUGCAUCAUCAUGGCCAUCCCGCCUGUGCUCAUUGGAGCCAUUGCUAAGGGCACUGCAUGGAACGAGACAGACUACCGCGGCGAGCUGACGGCGGACGGCGAGCUGACGUCGGAGCAGACGUCCAUGAUCCUGCCGCUGGUGCUGCAGCACCUCACGCCGGACUUCGUGUCCUUCUUCGGGCUGGGAGCCGUCUCCGCAGCCGUCAUGUCCUCGGCAGACUCCAGCGUGCUCAGCGCCAGUUCCAUGUUCGCCAGGAACGUGUACAAGCUGAUCUUCCGGCAGAACGCGUCGGAGAUGGAGAUCAUCUGGGUGAUGCGGGUGUCCAUCCUGGUGGUGGGCGCGCUGGCCACGCUCAUGGCGCUCACCAUCCCAUCCAUAUACGGACUCUGGUCGAUGUGCUCGGACCUGGUGUACGUGAUCCUGUUCCCGCAGCUGCUGAUGGUGGUCCACUUCAAGAAGUACUGCAACACGUACGGGUCGCUCGCUGCGUACAUCGUGGCGCUGCUGGUGCGCCUGUCUGGCGGCGAGAAGCUGCUGGGGCUGCCCGCCCUCAUCCACUACCCUGGCUGGGACGCCGAGAACGAGGUGCAGCUGUUCCCCUUCAGGACCAUGGCCAUGUCACUCUCGCUGUUCACGCUGGCCUUCAUCUCCUGGCUCUCAGUGUUCCUGUUCAACGGCGGCUACCUGAGCCCCGAGUCCGACUACUUCAACUGUGUUGUGAACAUCCCUGAAGACAUCCGGCGCGUCGACGAGCCUUCGGAGGCGGGCGAGCAGAUGUCGGUGCUGGGAGGAGUUCCAGGCAGGCUGUACGGGGCCGCGUCCACGCUGGUGGGGCCCGACGAGAAGUGCGGGCGCAUCAACCCCGCGCUGGAGCCCGACGACGACGACCUGGACGACCCCAACGACGGGCCCACGCCCCUGUUCGGCAGCAGCAGCGCGCCCCCGCCCGUGCAGCCCUUCGGCAAGCAAACGGCUUUCUGAGACGAUAAGUACCUUUAUUAGUUCUCUCAGCCGCCGCCAGGAGCCGCCACCGACGAGCUCGCUCCAUAGCGGGGUUAUAUUUUCCGAGAAUUUUACUAUUUCUUACUUUUCAUUUAAAGUCGAUAAGGUCGUUACAUCGAAGUAUGGAACAGAAAAAAUCAGUAUUUUUGCAAAUAACGACUACAAUGUUAUGCUCAAGACGAUCGAAACGAACCAUAUCAUCCGUAUCUUCCUGCAAUCGAACAUUCUGUACAUGUAUACAUACACACCUAGUACAUAGGUACAUACAUAUACGAACGAGUAAUGACGACGCAAGCAAACUGACAUAACUAUAUUUAAACAAUUAUAUAUUAUCGUGUAGGAAUAAUGCAUAAAGCAAUAGGUGUAUGUUUAAUAGUUGAUGUAAAAAUGAAUUAAGCUGAAUUAUUUUGUAGUGAAAUAUAAAGAAAUAUAUUACGAAAUGUUGCAACUCAUACAUAUCAAGAUGUGAAUUAUAUUCGUUGUUAGAGAGUUUAUAUAUAUAUUAUAUAAUAUAAUUUAUAUUGAUGACGAUUCCUUAUUUAAGUCAAUUAAUGUAGAGAGGAGCACAGAGUUCAUGUGCUUAUAGAGACACGGUGUAAGUGUGUGCGUGCAGUAGAGGAGGCGACCAAACAUGCGACAUGCGAGUGUGUGUGUGUGCUGUGUAGUGUGCACGGUGCAGGUCGCUCCGACAUGCAAGUGGAUAUUAUAAACAAAUAAAUUAUUUAUAUCAGAAGUCCGCACCAACUAUAUACAAAUAUAUUUACCUAGCGUAAUCUAUACGAGUUAGCGGCGACAUUAUUUUGUAAGCUUUGUUUUCUAGUGCAAAUGUUUACGUUGUAUAGAGAUAUAUGUAUGAGUAUAUUAUAUAUAAAUGUUCAGAGCGGGCACGUGUAAGUGCACCCUGUGUAUUGUACGUGUAUGUAGACCAAAGUAUAAAGGAAUAUAGUAAUGAAUAUGGAGACAGUAUCAUUCUAUCCACGCGAUGUUAUAUCACCAACACAAUGGGCCUAAAAUCUGCUGAAUUAUAAGUAAAAGGAACAAAACGCCGAGUUAUACAUAUAUAGCGUUACUGUUUGUAUCUCUGUGUAUAAUAUAUAUAGGGACAAGUAAUACGGUAAUGAAAGAGCUUCUGACACUACGGCGCGGUACGGGCGUCGCCACUAGUAAUAUGUAAUUGGUAUUUUUGAAAUUAUACGUGUAUCGGUGUUCUCAGUAUUGUCGUGUCUGCCCCGGACUACCGGACGACUCAUUACUCUAUAUGCGUGUUUAUAUGUCCAUGUUUAAAGCUUUUUCAACUGUUUCUAAGUAUUCCACUAAAGUUGUACCUUGCCAUUAGAUGAUACUGUCAACUUUGGCAACUUUUAUCCUUUUGGGUGCAAACCGUACGUGUUUACUAAGUAGAGAGUAACGCUACAUGUCACUACAUGUACAGGCGACGAGGUAUUGUGUAGGUAAACAGUUGCCACAUUUGAUACAUUACGAAGCUUUCAAAUUGUUUUUGAUAACAGAGUUUACACGUUAUGGAAAUGUUUACGAUUCGUUGCGGAUAUAUAAAGAUAUAUGUAUAUGAUGUGAUACCUGCCUAACCUGUGCUAAGACUAUGAACUUGAGACAUAUCAAUCUGUAUGUGACUUACGUAACUAUACAUAUCAUAGUGUUUAGUGUGGAACGUACAUAUCAUAGAGUAAGGUAGUAUAGGUCUCGUUGUUGUUCUUCGGAGACGCUUCCUGAUCUGUAUAUACAGACAUACAGACAUAUAUACCUUGCUAAUAAUAUAUUGAUGUUGUUAUACAGAUAUAUUCUAUGCAUUUGUUAUACUUUUUGCAAUCACAAAUAUAAGUUUAGUAUACAUGUUCUUUUAGAUUUACUUUUUUAUUCUAGAUUAAUUUUUGAGCCUGUUUAUAUAAAAUCUAUUUACAAGUAUAAUUCUGUUUCUAAGUGAUGUAUAUUUAUAAUUAAGUUGUGGUUAAGUAGCGGAGGGUCAGGGAGCGACUCCCCACUGUUAGCUAGUAGAUAUACCUACUAUUGACUUAUUCCUAGUUCUUGUUGAAUAUUUUGAAAAUGAAAAAAUGUGUAAAAAUAUGUGUAACGUUGUGAAUUCCGCUGUCGCCCCGGCGACAUCAAAUAAAACAUAUAGCAUGUUGA